AUGAUGGGUGAUCCAUCUUGUCUAGAUCUAUCCCCUUAUCCCUCUAUCCCUACCAGGGUCUCGGAUCCAGCAGACCUAGUAGACGGGGACAAGAACGGCAACGAACCGAACUCUAGCAUGAGCACAAAGGGUUCAGGGCAACCACAGUCUAAUCCAGGUGAAGUCAGUGGCGCUCCGUCCACUGUCGAAGCAAAAGCUAAAGUUCUGACACCUGCCCAACGUGCAAGGAGGGACCGCAAGAAUGCCAAAAAGAAGGCAAAAAAGGAACAAAACAGAGCAAAGGACAAGGAGGAACUGAACCAGCAGAAUGGGGAUGCAGUAGAAUCUGGAAAACAAGAUGCGAUACCUGAAGGGCAGUCAGGCAUUGACUUACCAUCCCCGGGAGGCGAACCGCAAACUCUCAGGCUUUCUAAUAGUAAUCUCCGAAAGGAUUUAGUCGAGUCGGUCCGUUCACAGCAACCAGUUCAAGGGUCCGAGCAAGAGCAUCUUCCACCUCAGGACCAACAAUAUGUAACAUGGAGGGCGGACUCUUCGGAUUCAGGAACGAUAACAAGAACGCCACCAAGUUCAGUAGGGAUGGAUAGAAUCCAGGAAGAUGUUCACUGGUGGGUUGAUGGCCAAGGUCCGGAGAAUCCGCAACAUAGGGUAGCCGAACUAGUAGCAAGCGUAAAAGAUGCGCAGAGAAGAAGCAGGGAGGCAGCAGCCCGCUCGAGUGCUGGCGAAAUAGCCAGAAGAGAACAAGAAGAACAAGAGCAACGAGGACGUGGACGAGAACGAGAACAGCCAGUCUCAGGUACCCCCGACUCAACCCCGGGUAGACAACAACCAGAGAACCCGGCCUCAAAUGCAAUAAUUCUGAAAGAGUGGGUGAUUCAGUUUUUUGCCUGGAUCUUGGGAUAUGCUUCUUUGAUUCUUUUGACUCAAUUCUUGCCUUUCUCGUUUCUAUGUUCUGGGGGCGAGGAAGACCAUACCAAAGGUGAUAAAGACACCAAAGAUGGUAGUUGCAGCCGUUCAACCACAACGAGUAGUGACCUAUCUGGGACUACCCUUGUACCCUCAAGCAACGGCGGAAGUCUUGGAGGUUCCUCAAUGGCAGAUGAUGCGUCUCAGAGGAGAAAGAGGAAUCAAAAGGCAAAGCUCAGAAAAAGGAAGAAGGCGGUCGAACAGUGGGCGAUCAAGCAAAAUAAAGAAUAUACCAAGCAAUGGGUUAAGGAGAGGAGAAGGGUAGAACAUGAGCAGGCUCGGCAAAGGAAGCUUGAGGGCCCCAAGGACCUUGACAAUUCUAGCCAGGUCCGAACCAUCGGUAGCGUAGACUAUAGCGAGGUCGAAAGGGAUCCUUCCAACGCGGCUGUAAGCCAGGAAUCUUCCCAGUUUACUGAGAGCGAACCCGCAAAUCCCAACCAGAUAGAAAAUGAUGCAUUACAGAUGCGAGGCUUAAAGAGGCGUUUUAAGGUCAUCGCCCCAGAAAUCUUGACACAACCAUUUGAAGAGCAAACACGUUCGUUCUACUCAGGAGAUGAGCGAAACUUGACAUACGAGCCGCAAGCUCCCCAAGUACAGCCACAAGCCUUUCAGAGCUCGAUGAAUCUGACUGACGCAGCACCAAAUCAACCACCAAGUCAACAACCUGGGCAGUGUAUGGAAUGCAAUACAUCCAAUGGGAACGAAAGUAGCGGUUGGGGGUACUUACCUCCGCAUAAACAGGCAUCUUCUUUGGCGUCAUCUGAAGCGUUUGUACCGGGCCUGACAGGGUAUGCUACACCUCAAAGCCACCAAGGGUCGAGUCCACUACCACAACCUGAACAACAGUAUGGACAACAGUAUGGACAGAAACGUGGACAGAAACGUGGACAGAAACGUGGACAGAAACGUGGACAGAAACGUGGACAGCAACGUGGACAGCAACGUAUACAGCAAAAACGUAGACAGCAACGUAGACAGCAACAUGGACAGCAACAUGGACAAUAUUAUGAACAACAACCUGCAUCCUGGGAUCCAAACCAAAUGGGACCACAACAAUAUCCAAGUUCACAAUCGUUGUCAGAUCUACGGUUAGCGCAGAUGGCAUGGCCACCAUGGCCGCCGCAAAUGCCGCAGUUUUCCCCGUAUCCGCAACCGGGACUCCAGGUAGUAUCGGGAUCACCCCCGUGUUGCCCAGCAAUGCAGCCACUGGCACUUCAGGCGCCUCAGCCCUCUAGUACCGGGAUCAAGGCAUCUCGAGGUAGCCCUUUGCUGAAUUACAAGCAGGAUUCUCAGUCAUCCAUGAAUUCUCCAGCCCAGAUACAGCAGAACCUAGCAGAAUCGCCCUAUUAUAAAACUCCAGGGAGCAGAAGAUUUCAGAGCAGAUCUGAUCCAAGCGGGUACCCGGGAAGUGCAUCUUCAGACGAAGAUACUUGGUAGGUACCUUUUCAAGGAGGAUGCCUAUGGUCCGAGGUUUUCAUUUGAUAUCCAUCCCCCUUUCAUCAUGUUCUAAGUCAGAAGGGGGGUUGACGGGAAGCCCUGAGUGAAGGACUUGUGAAGGGAUAGGCGAAGUGAUUGACUUUUUGAGACAUUGAAUAUUAGCGGAUGGGCAUCUUGGAAUUAUUGUGGUUCUUUGGUGUAAAUUAUUGAACGAGCGAAGUACUUCCAUAGAUUGAGAGUAUCUUUUUGUAAAAGUCGUUAUCUAAUAGAUGUGUUGAGCAAAAGCAAAAGUAGCAAAACGUGAAGGAAAGGAAGAUGAAUUCACGAUUAGGUACGUAGGUAACGUUAUGUAUUAAGUGAAAUGUAGAUGCAAUAUUGGCUGGCUAAUGGGUCGGGUAAUGAAGGUGAUGACGCCUGAUAGCGAUAAGGAUAGCGGUUCAAGUGGCUAGUGAAACAACCUUGGUGGAAUGUUGCAUUAGGUAGCUUAGAAUGGGAAGGAAGGAAUGUAUGCACAUGGAUUUAGAAUCCAUAAUAACAUCAAAGGUACCCUAGAUACUCCGUAA